GUGCGUGUGCGUGUGCGUGCGCUUGUGCGUGUGUUUUGCAGGCCUGGCUGAAUGAGUGGCUGAUAUGGGACCCAGGUGUGUUUGGGGGAGUGCAGCAGGUGACUCUACCUGCAGACAAGCUGUGGACACCAGAUAUUAUUCUCUAUGAGAUUGCUGCACUGGAGGACUAUGAUAGGUCAACUCAGCUGUCAGUCACCUAUGAUGGCUGGGUGACCCAGCAUAAGCCCCGCCUCCUGGAGACCAGCUGUCCUCUCAACUUGUUCCACUUCCCCCUGGACACACACACCUGCAAUCUCACCUUUACAUCACAGACACACACAGUAAGCGAAAUGGAUCUGCACUGGGGUCCAGGCAUCACCCGAGUCCAGGGAGACUCCUUCUUCUCCAGGGGGGAGUGGGAGCUCACCUCCAUCAGCAUCCCAACCAGCUCCCAACACAGCACAGCCCAUCAACGGCCCACAAUAAAAGCACAGGUGACAGUGCGUAGGCGUCCUUUGCUUUAUGUGGUGAUGUUGCUCUUGCCCACGGCGGUCCUGAUGCUGCUGGACCUUCUCUGCUUCCUCAUCCCUAUCUACCUCAAGCAGCGUCUCAGCGUCAUGGCAACCAUCUUCACGGGCCACUUCCUGUUCCUCAUCGCCAUCUUCACCCUCUUCCCGCCCUUCACCACCAAACUGCCCCUGAUUGAGGUCUAUCUGUUCGGCUCUCUGGGCCUACUGGCCUUCAGUGCCAUGGAAACAGCCGUGGUGUUCCAGAUAGCCAAUGGGAGGGCUGCGUGGUUCAGUCAGAACAUCUGCCCCAGCCUAUCACAGCACAGGGGGCGGGACCAUUGGGGAACUUUGCUGACAGACCAAGACACACAUCAAACAGCAGAUGGCGACGUGGAGCCUUAUUGCUCGGACGUUACAGAGCAUCUGCUAACUGACUUGACACGUAUCCGAUAUGACCUGCGCUCCAUCCGACAGGAGCAGGCCCUAUUGGACUCAUGCAGAGAGCUGGGAUGCAGCAUUGACCGUGCCUACCUUUACCUGCACUGCCUUCUACUGAUGGUAGGGGGUGCUGUUCUGCUGGCAGAGUGGAACAAGCACAAUCAUGCAUAAGAAAACAAACACAAGCACGCAUGAAGUCACGCAAGCAGGCAUGCAC